AUGGAUGAUGCUUUAGAUGAGCAGACAUGCUGCCUGAACGGUGUGAGCUCUUUCCAUUUGGACACGGAAUUCGUCGACCAAAUCCUUGAAGUGGGUUGUGCCCGUACAGAUAACUUCUACACCAUCGAACCCGUUGUCAUCCGCCAACGCGGCAGCAACGUGGUAUGUCCACGGACUCAGAAGUUGGGGUCGUCAUAUGUGGAUGCACUUUCCGGACCAGAGCAUGUGGGAAACUCCGACUACAUGCUGAGCUACUCCUGGUGCUACCGGGUGGGAGAUGUAGUUUCAGCUUUGUCACACCAUUGCCAGAAGGAGAAUCACGACCCGAAGAGCACCUACUUCUGGAUUUGCUGCCUUUGCAUCAACCAGCAUCGCGUGAUCGAGGUACGAGAACGGGGAGAUGAAGUUCCUUUUGAGGAGUUUCGCGCGGCGUUCCGCAGCCGAGUGCGUGGAAUUGGCAAGGUGUUGGCCUUGAUGGCUCCUUGGGACAGGCCCGUGUACGUCACGAGGGCAUGGUGCGUGUUUGAGCUGUUCACGGCGAUCAGCGACGAAUCGUGUAGACUGACUGUGGUGAUGCCGCCCGACGAAGUCGUGAACUUUUGCGGAAGCAUCGCCAACGCUGGUGCUCUCACAAGCUACUUGUGGUCUGCUUUGGAGCAGCUUGAUCUGGAGACCGCGCAGGCAUCUGUGGCCAGCGACAAGGACAUGAUACUGCAAAUAGUCCGAGAUGGCGUGGGUUUGGAGAGUCUCAACCAAGUCGUUCGGCAGAGAUUGCUAUCUUGGUUGGCCGAAGCUGCAUAUGCGGAGUGCUGCGACCAACUGGCCAAGGGUGUAUUACGUGGAGAUUCGGCAGCGAUCGCCGUUUCAGAGACAGCAAAUCUACUGCAUCGGCUGGGCAAGUUCGACGAUGCUUGUACGCUGCUGUCGGCAUCCAUAGACACAGCAUUCACAUCUAGCGAAGAAGGGACCAUCGAAAAGGCGAAUUUGUGGCGAGUGGUGGGGAAAAAUCACGAUUAUUUGGGCCAAAACGAGGAAGCAGCCGAAGCCUUCCAGAAAGCCAAGGGGAUACUGCGACAGCUGGACCAACUGGAGUCUCACGACGGCGCUGCCGUCGUCACCUGUGUCGCGGCCAAUCUGCAGGAGAUGGGUCGCAUGGAAGAAGCCCUUGCCAACUACCAGCAAGCCUGGGAGAUAAGACAGGCCUGCGGCUCGGAACGUUCGUUGGAUGCUUCCGACCUCUUGGCCAUGAUGGGAGUCGCCGAAUGCAAGCUGGGCUCAAGUGCAGGACUUCAGCAUGCCCAGCAGGCGAAGACGUUGCGUAUUCAGCUGGGCCAGCUCAAUACCCCUCAUGGUGCUCACGUGUUGCAGCAACUGGGACUCUGCCACUUCAUGCUCGGGGACAUACAAGCGGCGAUUGUUGAAUUUGACGAGAGCAAAGCCAUUCUGGAAAAGACCAGCUCGCUGCAAACUCCUCAAGGUGCAUCAGUGCUGCAACGAGUAGCACGAUGUUUCUGCAAGCUGGGUGAUGCGCGGCGUGAACUGGAGCUUCUGCGGGAAGCAAGAAAGCUCUUGGAGGACGCAGAACAGCUCCACAGCAAGAGCGGGGUUCUGGUCCUGCUGGAUUUGGGCAGUGCGCUGCUGGAUGCUCGAGAGGAUGCCGAGGCAAAGAGGGUUCUGGAGCUGGCAGAGCAGAUCUGCUCCGAGAAGGGGAUCGACGGCUCUCUUUCUGAGUUGGUUCAGGAUCGUCUGAAGGUGCUUCGCAAGACGCGAUACUGCAUCAUCAGCUGA